GCGAGACCGUUUUUCCUCCUCCCCAGACGGUCGAAGCGCCGCGGAGCGAACCGGUGCGGUCCCCACUCAGUGUUUUAUCCAGCCAUACGCAGAUGGGAGAGAUGAUUUCUCGUUCUAAUUCUACACUUUAUAUUUCGCCCGAUGCCGUUGGGUGUGUAAAAGAUCGCGCGAUAUCGCCCGUUUCGUAGUCCGGUAAGUGCAGAAUUGGAUUUUUUAGUGCCAUUUAGGAGCGAGGGCGUUCGGUAUUUCGUUUAGUGCUCCUAGUGGAAUCGAUAGCACGUCCUUCUGCUGUUACUUGUUUCCCGUUCGGGUUUUGGUUGAAUAAUAAAAGUGUUUGUUUUAGUGGAGUAACACGUCUUUUCCAUCUCAUUUGCGCUAGAUUCCAAUAAACAUUCUGAUGAACAUUCAACCGAACAAUCCCUCACAAACUCCAGCUAACCGAUAAUAAAAAAAAACCACAACGCAAUCGACAAAAUGCCGGCGGUGAUUUCGAAAUUUUUGGAAAAGAGCGAGCACACGCUGCACGCCAACCGGACCCUCUUCUCGGGGGCGGUGGUGGCGGCGGCCCUUUGCACCUACGCCUACAAAGUGGGCUACCCUCUCGUCGGCUCCCUCAUCCACAAGCCCCCCAAACAACCCGUCGAGGUCACCGUGAACAACAACCACAUCGUCUCCAAGAACGGCCUCGUCAAAAACGGCGUCAAAAACGGCCUGGUCAACGGCGUCCGGAAGAAAUCCAAAGGGCGCACCAAAAACGGCGUGCCCAACUUCAACUUGGCCUUCAUACUGCAAUUCAUCAAGUUGGUUAGGAUAAUGAUACCGAGCGUGUUCUGCACGGAAACCGCCCUGCUCGGCGGCCACACGGCCUUCCUCUUCCUGCGGACGUUCCUCAGCAUAUACGUGGCCAAUUUGGAGGGCGCCAUCGUCAAGUACAUCGUCAUGAAGCAGCCCAAAAGCUUCAUCCAGCAGCUGGUCAAAUGGUUCGCCGUCGCCAUUCCGGCCACGUUCAUCAACAGCAUGAUCAGGUACUUGGAGAGCAGGAUAGCCUUGAACUUCCGCACGCGCCUUGUCGACCACUCCUACAAGCUCUACUUCAAGAACCAAAGCUACUACAGGGUGACAGUGCUGGACGGUAGGCUCGACAAUUGCUCCCAGCGGCUCACCGAUGAUAUAGAAACCGUAGCGAACACCGUUUCCCAUCUCUACGGGCAAAUCACGAAGCCUUGCUUCGACAUACUACUCAUGGCCAUAGCCUUGGGGAACCUAGUGAAAUCGCGAGACUCGAACCUCAUCGUCGGACCCGUCAUCAUCACCGGCGUCGUCCUCUUUUCGGCCCUCGUUCUAAGAUUGGUGUCGCCGAAGUUCGGGCAACUGGUGGCCCAGGAGGCCGAGAAGAAGGGCUACCUGCGGCACGUCCACGGCCGGAUCGUCAGCAACGCCGAGGAGAUCGCCUUCUACGGGGGCCACGAGGUGGAGCGGGGCCAUCUGAGGCGCGCCUACGACCGCCUGGCCGAGCACAUGGAGCGCAUGUUCGGCGUCAAGCUGUGGUUCAUCAUGCUCGAGCAGUUCCUGAUGAAGUACGUCUGGUCCGGCGCAGGUAUAAUAGUAGUCUCUCUACCCAUCCUCCUGGCGACCAACAACAGGCGCAAGGCGCACACCAACAGCCUCCUCUCCAUUCCGGACCUCACCUCGAGGAAAUCGCUCGAGGCGGACGAUCGGCCCGCGGACACGGUGGAGGACAGCGUCUCCGAUCGCACGCACUACUUCACCACGUCCAAGAACCUCCUCAUCACCGGCUCCGACGCCGUCGAGCGGCUGAUGAGCAGCUACAAGCACAUCGUCGAGCUGGCCGGGCACACGGCGCGCGUCGCCAACAUGUUCGAGGUGCUCGACGAGGCCAGCAAGGGCAUCUACCACAAGACGCUGGUGGCCAAGAACGACAAGCCGGCCGCCUUCCGCAUCGAGUUCAACGGCAACCAGCCUGUAGCUAAAGGGAAAAUCGUAGCAUCGUCGAAUAACGAGAUAAUACUGAAGAACGUUCCCAUUGUAACGCCGAAUUGCGACAUAGUGUGCCCGUCGUUGAGUCUCGCUUUGGCGCCGGGCCAGCAUUUGCUCAUUACCGGUCCGAACGGUUGCGGCAAAUCGAGCUUGUUCAGGAUAUUGAGCGGGUUGUGGCCGGUGUACGGCGGGGAGCUGCACACUCCCGUGAACUCCAUGUUCUACAUACCUCAAAGACCCUACAUGGUGAUCGGUAACCUGAGAGACCAAGUGAUCUAUCCCGAUACCGAAGCGGACAUGGCGAGAAAGGGCGUGAACGAAGAUAAAUUACUGAAGAUCAUGACGAUGGUUCAUUUGGAUCACAUAGUGGAACGCGAUGGCUUCUAUGAAGUUAAAGACUGGACGGACAUCUUGUCAGGAGGUGAAAAGCAACGGAUGGCAAUCGCUCGGCUAUUUUACCACAAACCUAAAUACGCUCUUCUCGACGAAUGCACCUCCGCUGUGUCCAUCGACGUGGAAAGUUUCAUCUAUCAAAGCGCUAUCGACAUGGGGAUUACUCUACUUACUAUCACUCACAGGCCCACUUUGUGGAAAUUCCACACGCACAUACUCCAAUUCGACGGGACUGGUUCCUGGGAAUUCAGCCAGCUCAACCACACCGAUCGGUUGAGUUUGAAGAAGGAGAAGGAGGAGUUGCUGAAAUCGGGGAGCGCCGAAGAGCAGAAGAAUAGACUGGAGGAAUUGAACAAACUGCUCGGAGAGGACGAAUAGAUGUCGUGUAGUUAGAAUUCCUGGUGAUAGUGCUGUGAUAAUUCCAAACGAGCUAACGAAUAGGCGUUGAAAUUGGAUGAAAACGCGAUGAUUUCUUCUAGCGAUAUUUCCGGUCAUUUGGACUUUGCAUAUUUCGUACUUUUUUCUAAUGAUAAUGAAAAAGUAUAAAUCAGUUUGUUGGUGAUAGCGGGAGAUUUGCGUAGUUUUAAUAGACCACAUUGUUGACAUAAUAUAGGUGUAAUGUAAACAAAUUAUUAAUUUUUAGCGAAAAUUGUUGAUAUAAUUUAAUUUUUCUUCAUGUUCCAUUUUAUAGUUUGAAAUUACUACAGUAGCUUUUUAGUAAGAUAUCGAUAUUUUAAGGAAUAUAAAUUUUAAUUCAAUGUGAUCAAUGUAUACAUGUUUUAGUUUUAUUUAUAAUUUAAGUUGUGAUUAUUCAUUUUUGAAUGUUAUGAUUUUCGUUGGAGAUAAAUAUUUUUUCACGUGUACAAU